GUCCAGGCCGGAACUCAAGAUGGCUGCGCUCUUGCUGAGACAUGUCGGCCGUCACUGCCUCCGAGCCCACCUGAGUUCUCAGCUUUGUAUCAGAAAUGCUGCUCCUUUGGGAACCACAGCUAAGGAAGAGAUGGCGCGGUUCUGGAAGAAGAACACAAGUUCAAACCGUCCUCUCUCUCCCCAUUUGACUAUCUACAAAUGGUCUCUUCCUAUGGCACUGUCUAUUUGCCACCGUGGCUCUGGAAUAGCCUUGAGUGGAGGGGUCUCUCUUUUUGGCCUCUCGGCACUGCUGCUUCCUGGGAACUUUGAGUCGUAUUUGAUGUUUGUGAAGUCCCUGUGUUUGGGGCCAACAAUGAUCUACGCAGCUAAAUUUGUGCUUGUCUUCCCACUCAUGUACCACUCACUGAACGGGGUCCGACACUUGCUAUGGGACCUAGGAAAAGGCCUGGCGAUACCCCAGGUCUGGAUGUCUGGAGUGGCGGUCGUGGUUCUUGCUGUGUUGUCCUCUGGUGGGCUGGCCGCCCUGUGAAGAGCUGGAGUUCCCAGUACUCCUGUGUAUCAUCAAACUGAUUUAUAUUCCUGUUUAUCACUCUCCCCACCCCACACCCACCCCCAGCCACCCAAGCUCUCCUGAUUUGUUCAGAUGCCACAUGCUUUGAAUCCUCUUGGAGUGGCUUAAAGACCUGUCGUAGUAGGAAAGGGUCAUUCUCCCUGGGCCUGGCUCCACAUUUGACUGAUUUGUGCUGAGGGUCAGCUUUCUGCUACUUCUUGCUGAGACAGUGGAAACAAUGCCAGUUCUGUGACCACCCUGAGUGCCACUGCCUGUGGGCUGCUGGCUUAAAGGACACUUCUGUCCAUUGGUCAGCUCAGGCCUUUAGCACCCACUCAUCAUGACUGAGAGGAGAGAGGUGGAGGAGGAGGAGGAGGAUUGUCCUGCUCCGCUAGAGGGAGAUAAAGAGCAGCUGGGAUCUUGGGAGCUCUCGCCUGGGGGGGAUAUACAGCUUUUGAUGUAUGAGGAAGAGCAAAAAGAUUGUAUUACGUUUCUGUUUUUCAUUUCUAGGAAAAUACACCUUUAAUGUCAUAUUUUCUAAUCUAAAUUCAUGUACCGUCUUUCUUUGGAAACGAUUAAAGUACUACUCAUUUUAUGCUUGA